AAAUAUAAAUAUUUAAUGAGUCAUUAUUAAAACCCCUCUUACAAUCAUGCUCAAAUGAAAUAAUAGGUUGGAGUUUCCAAUUUGAAAAUGCUAGAUGGGGAAGACUUGAGUAAGUCAUCCAAUUUCAUUCUCUAUUUUAGCUGCUGGAGACAGAAGAAAAAUGUAGUAACUGUAGAUGAGAGAUUGGGUUUAAUAACAAACACAAGAGAACUAAGCCAAAAAACAAUUGAAUAAACAGAUCCAACAAUAAUAUGAUUAAUAGACUUUACAAAUCAACCAGAACUUGAAGGAAUUAGAUCAAGAACAACAGAGGAGAAGAGUUGAGAUGGAAAUAGCAAAUCAGCAAAUCAAUAACUAAAUGGCUAAAGAAAAACAGGAUAGGGAACAAUACAUGGCAGCUUUGGCUUAGUAGGAAAAGAAAUAGCAUCAGCAAGAAAUAUUGAAUAAUGAUGUCUGGACUGAAAAGUACAAUCCUCCUUUAUUAUACAUAAAGUACGGCAACCUGUUAAAGUGCUUUGGCUCCUCAUAGAGUCAUACCUUAUCAUUACAAAGGAAUGUCAGAAGAAUAGAGAUAACAAAUCAGAAAUGAUUAGGCUAAAUAAAGAUAAGAAAAUGAACAGAAAAGGCAACAGGAGAAGGAGGAUGAAAAGAUGUGGGCACAAUACAAUGAGGUAUAUCUAUAUUUCUACCCCUUCUAGCAUAAUCGAAAGUAACUAAUUGUAUAGGAAAGGGAAAAGGCUCGUAAAUUGUAAACUUUGAGGAAUAAUUAAAAAGAGUUUAAUUUACUAUCCUAAACUGAAUAGAAAUUAAAACUUAAAAAUGAAUAUGCAUGA